CUGAUUUCUUUCCUUUUGAUAUAUGUACAAUGGAUUUGAGGACAAAUACUUUUGAAGAGGGAUCGUCUGAUGCGCCACAGUACAUGGAUCAGUACAUGGAACCAGGCCGGGAUGGAGCUCAGGACGAUCAGAUCAUUCCAACUGAGGUUCAACCAGCCGACCGUUCCAGACAGACAGACCGAGCCGUGUACCGGAUCAACCCGCGAGCAUCCGGAAAGGAGCUACGGCUGGAACCACGUCCAGAUGACCGAACAGACCGUACCGGAGCUCGUCUUCCCCGACCAACUUGCCAAGCCAAGAGUGAUGGUCAAGCCAGAAAUCAGUUUGAUCGAGUGGAAACCGAGACAGACCAUAGUCUUUCCCUUUUGGUCCGUCUGAUCCGAGCCGAGUGUCCUGACGAACGUACUGAUGGAUCAGCCGGCCAGUAUGAUCAGUUCUUGAACUUUGAUGAUCAAAAUUUCUCUAAGGCAAGGAUUCUACAACUGUCCAAGGACUUGGGACGUGCUGGAACCAGAAUGAUACAUGAGCCUUACCCGCCCGACUGUCCAGAAUGCGCCCCGUCCGUCCUGCUCCUUACCGCGAAGGAACCACUUGGUUCAGACGAACUUGGACGUUAGCCGAAGAGUCAUUUAUGAUCAGAUCUGGAACUCAAGAGUUUUCUACUUUGUUUUUAAUUCCAGCCAGAUCCGAUCUCUAGAUCUACCAUUAAUACUUUCUUAUGUCUCUUUCUAGUAUAAGUAUGCAAACACUUCUCAUAAUAAAAUGAUUCCAUUUUUCUUUCAA